AUGGGAAACAAAAGGCUAUGUGGUGGUAUACUUCUGCUAGGAUUGCCGCAACGCCGAUGCAUCUCCAAUCAAUCUAAGACAGAAUUAUUUCCAUGGCGGAAAGUACUUACAUCAAUUGCUAUUGGGGGAGUUACCGGACUUGGCUUACUCUUGUGCUUUGUGCUUCUUUAUUUAUCAAAAAAAGCAUUGCUCUCUGUGCUUCUUUAUCCAUCAAGAAAAGCAAGAGUGAAGCCAACUUCAGGAUCAGCAUGGGGGAUUUCACUCUUGAAAGUGUCAUAUGCCGAUCUCCUCAAAGCAACUAAUGGUUUAUCUUCUCGGAAUUUGAUUGGUGCUGGUAGUUUUGGUUCUCUGUACAGGGGAAUUCUCAACGAGGAAGAAAGAAUUGUUGCAGCCGAAGUACUCAAUGUUCAGAGUUCAAGAGAAAGCUUUAUAGCUGAAAGUGAAACCUUGAAAAACAUUAGGCACCGAAAUCUUGUCAAACUAUUGACCGCGUGUGCAAGUAUCGAUUUUCAAGGAAACGAUUUCAAGGCUUUGGUUUAUGAAUUCAUGAUGAAUUGUAGUCUAGAAGAGUGGCUGCACAUUUCAGCUGGCAGAGUAGCUGGGGCAUUUGAAUCCCAAACCCAAAAUGGCAGCCUACAAGUGCAUACAAUUUAA